AUAUGGUCCGUCUGGCGGUUUGGCGUGCGGCUACAUCCACCCGGCGAAAAGUGGACACGAGACAUCGGUGUGCUCCGGAGACCAGUUAGACAUUAUCCAGCCCUUUACGACCAUGCCAUCCGACUUAGCAAAGAAGAAGGCCGCGAAGAAGAAGGAGGCUGCCAAAGCCCGCCAGCGUACCAAGAAAACGGAUGAGGGAGCCGAGGAGGGUGAACAAGCAGAGACCCAGCAGAAUGGAGCCGAGAGCAACGGUAUUGCCAGUUUGACAAAGGAGCUGGAUGAAUUUGAACUGGCAAAGACUGAGGCAAGGGCAGUGACAGGUGUUCUGGCCUCACACCCCAACAGCACCGAUGUCCACAUUAGCAGCCUGUCGCUCACCUUCCAUGGUCAAGAGCUGCUAGCAGACACCAGCCUGGAGCUCAACUCAGGCAGACGCUAUGGCCUCAUUGGCCUUAACGGCACAGGAAAAUCCAUGCUGUUGUCAGCCAUCGGGCAUCGUGAGAUCCCCAUUCCAGAGCACAUAGAUAUCUACCACUUGACCCGGGAGAUGGCCCCCAGUGAAAAAACGGCUCUUCAUUGUGUCAUGGAGGUGGACGAACAGAGGAUUAUGCUUGAGAAGGAGGCAGAGAGACUUGCCCAUGAGGACUCCGAGUGUGAGAAGCUGAUGGAACUGUAUGAGCGUCUGGAGGAGCUGGAUGCAGACAAGGCAGAGGUGCGAGCCUCUCGGAUCCUCCACGGUUUAGGUUUCACCGCUGCUAUGCAGCAGAAGAAACUGAAGGAUUUCAGUGGAGGAUGGAGGAUGCGUGUGGCUCUGGCCAGAGCCCUGUUCAUCAAGCCCUUCAUGCUGUUGCUCGAUGAGCCCACUAACCACUUGGAUCUGGAUGCCUGUGUGUGGUUGGAGGAGGAGCUCAGUUCGUUCAAGCGAAUCCUUGUGCUCAUCUCACACUCUCAAGACUUCCUGAAUGGUGUGUGCACCAACAUCAUCCACCUUCAUCAGAGAAAACUGAAAUACUACACGGGUAACUAUGACCAGUAUGUGAAGACCAGAGAGGAGCUGGAAGAGAACCAGAUGAAGCGCUUCAACUGGGAACAGGACCAGAUCACACACAUGAAGAAUUACAUUGCCAGGUUUGGACACGGCUCUGCAAAGCUGGCACGACAGGCUCAGAGCAAAGAGAAGACCCUGCAGAAGAUGGUGGCCUCAGGCUUGACUGAAAAAGUUGUGAAUGACAAGACUCUGUCAUUUUAUUUUCCUCCCUGUGGGAAGAUUCCUCCACCUGUUAUCAUGGUUCAGAAUGUGAGCUUCAAGUACAGUGACAACACACCGCACAUAUAUAGAAACCUGGAGUUUGGUAUUGACUUGGAUACACGAGUGGCUCUGGUGGGACCCAAUGGAGCAGGAAAGUCCACACUGCUGAAGCUGCUGAUGGGAGAGCUCCUUCCUACCGAUGGCAUGAUCCGCAAACAUUCUCACGUCAAGAUUGGCAGAUAUCACCAGCAUCUGACAGAGCAGCUGGAACUGGACCUGUCUCCUCUGGAAUACAUGAUGAAAUGUUUCCCCGACAUCAAAGAAAAAGAGGAGAUGAGGAAGAUCAUUGGUCGCUACGGAUUGACAGGAAAACAGCAGGUCAGCCCGAUCAGAAACCUGUCAGAUGGUCAGAAGUGCCGGGUGUGUUUUGCUUGGCUGGCCUGGCAGAACCCUCACAUGCUGUUCCUUGACGAGCCCACCAAUCACUUGGAUAUCGAGACUAUCGACGCAUUGGCAGAAGCCAUCAACGAGUUUGAGGGCGGUAUGAUGCUAGUUAGCCACGACUUCAGGCUAAUUCAGCAGGUUGCUCAGGAAAUCUGGGUGUGUGAGAAUCAAACCAUCACAAAGUGGAAUAGGGACAUCCUGGCAUACAAGGAGCACUUGAAAUCAAAGAUCGAGAAGCAGCAAGCGCAUGACAUCUAAAGAAACAUCACUCUGAGCCACUCCUUUAUUCUGCAUCAUGGAAUUGUCCUGUAAGCUCCUGAGAGGGAGACAUCAUAAAUAGAACUGAAUCAAUCUCUUAUGCAUCUUAUUGGACACGUCUCUUGUACAUGUUGUACUGUAUUUCCAUUUCGGUUUAACAGUUCUGCAUCAUGCUGAACCCACCUCCCUGCCCCCCCUCCUCUCACCUCAGACUGCACUCUGAUUGGCUGACUCACCUGAAGCAUCUCGGUGCAUUUUGGAAUGCAUUCCAUUGUGCUGUCUUCAUUGAAAAGUUUUAUUUUUCCAAAUGUUCUGUUUUAUCCCAACAUGUAUGCAGCAGCUUUUAGGUCAUAUUUUAUGAUAUUUAAAAGUUGACUUUUUUUUUUUUUUCUGUGUAAAAGAGCAGUUCCGCCUUAUUUAACAAUGUAAUGCAAUAAAGGUUUGUCUGAAUAAACAGAACAUAAAAACAGCA